CACAACUUUCUUCUUAGAAAGCUAAACAUUAAAGAUCGUUUCAAAUAAAACCCAUUUUUUCCUGAAGAAUUGCAAGAUGGAGGCGGUGCAGGAGUCAGUGGGGCAGGAGGAGCUCAGCAGUGUGGAGACACCUACAAAGGAAGAGGAGGAGGAUGAAGGACCUCGCUGCGCUUCAGCUGCUCACGAGCUUCUUCUGACGUUGGACGACCCAGACAAGCUGUGUCCAGAGUCGUACCGGCAGAACUCCCCCAACGAGGUCCGACUGAUGGUCGUCGCCGACAACUUCCAGCGGCAGUUUUCUCACCUGUGUCCCGACCGCAAGCCGCUGCUGCUCUGCCCGACCAACGAGUGGGGCGUGAAGAAGUUUGUGUCCACGACUCUUCGGCCCACCGCAACAGACCACCCGGAGCUUUUCACCUGGCAGGGCUGCGCCUCCUUUGUGGCCGACUUCCUGUCUCUGGAGCCGCUGGAGCCACCGGAGAACCUGCCUCGGUCCCUGUUCUCCUCCACCCUGGUGCUGCAGAGCCAGAGGGCCACGUGCCUGGAGUCCUCCACGCUGCUCUGCAGCCUGCUGCUCGGCGCCAACUACGACGCUUACUGCGUCAGCGGCUACGCCUCCAAGGACGCGUGCCUGCUGGACCGCAGCCUGCUGCGCUGCCCCCUUCUGGGUGCCCUGCCAAAGGGCGGGACCUCGGAGCAGGAGCCCCUGGAGAACAAGUACCUGGUGAAAGCUGCGAAGGAGCUGAGGAGUCGCUUUGUGACGCAGCAGGAGGAGAAGAAGAAGAAGCGGGAGGCGGAGGCCGCGAUGAUGGAGGAGCAGCAGGAGGGCGAGCGGCGAGUGGCCGACCCCCUGUGGGGGCUGCGGGUGCACUGCUGGGUGCUGGUGCUGUCCGGCAGUCGGGACGUCCCGCAGAACUUCUUCAUCGACCCGCUGACGGGCGAAAGCCACGCCCCCGACGACCAGCGCUUCCUGGGCGUGGAGAGCGCCUGGAACCACCUCAACUACUACGUCAACAUGCAGGACUGCAGCAGCGGCUGUGCAGACAUGGCGUUCGACCUGGAGGACCUGAGCAGGUGGGAGCCCCUCCUCUACGGGGCGCUCAGCAGGAAGCAGCUGGCUCUUUGCAUCUCCAGGAGAAAGGAGCGAGAGAUGAUGAGCAGACUCCUCAAGGAGGAGAAGCAGGAGCAGGAGCAGGCGGAGGAAGGUGGUGUUUUAGAGAUGCCCCGAUCCUGGGUCAGUUACAUCAACAUCUCAAAAGAAGACCUGGAGACCCGUUGGCCGGGCCGACAGAAGACCACCCACUAUAGGAAGGCCAAGCUGGAGCACUUUGCUCCGUACCUGAAUCCAGACGGUCUGGUCCGGAGACUCACCACCUACAAGGACCUGGCCUGCACUGAGGAGGUCACGGUGAAGUCGUGGUACCAGCAGAGAGACGACCACCUGGAGGAGACUGAGGUCAACAAGGUCGACAACUCGACCACAGAGCGCUUCACGUGUGGAAGAAGUUUUUACCUUUCACUCCACAGGUUCUGGUCCCGCAGCGAGGAGCACGACAUGCGGUUCAGCAGCGACACUCGCAUAGACGGCCUGGCGAGGAGGACGUUGUCCCCGCUGGAGAUGACGGAGACCUUCGAGGGCCGGAAAGACUUCCUCUUCCACCGGCACACCGUCUUCCUACAAGACCUCCCCUUGUCCACACCAGAUUCAGACGAGGAAGUGGAGAAGGAUCAGCUGCAGGAAGUGCUGGAGCGUUUCCACCGGAAUCGAUCCAAACCGGCCCAUGCUGACGUAGCCCAGCGCUUGUUCCUAUUGGCUGAGGGGCGGAUCGAGGUGACCUAUCACCUGGAGGACCACAGGUGCGUCGCCUCCAGGCGGAGCUUCAUCAAACCGCUGGGGUCAACGGAGAGAAGGAAGGCGGAGGACUUCAGAGCGGACAUGGUGUCCAGCUUCCAGGUGGACGCGUCUAAGGAGCCUCUGAAAAACCUGACACUUAGUCAGAUGCUGGAUGACCUGAUGGAGGAGGAGGGGAAGGUGGCUCUCCAAAUCAACAUGUCCCGGAUGGAGGUGGCCGACAUCCUGGCCUGCAGAGAGACGGAGAAGCAGCGCGUCUGCCUCCCCUUCUCCCCUUGGACCACGGGCGGAGCGGCCAAGGCCCGCAGCAAGAGACAGGAAAUGGAGCGGCAGGCCGAGGAGGAGCGGAGGUGGCUGCAGGAGAGGAAGAAGGACAUUCUGGCACCGCUGCUGAUCCGACUUGGCGACCCUGAGGCUCUGAGCGCCGAAGACGCCAGGCGGCUUUACCUCGAGUGUUUGGCGGAGAGCAAAUGCAGGCUGGUGGAGAAGGCCGAGCUGAUCCAGCAGCGCAUUGAGCAGGAGACACAAGAGCUGCAGAGGAAACAGCAGUGGUACCAGAAGAACCCGUUCGGCAUGACGUCGCUGAAGAGGGAAGACUACAAGAAGUACUGCGCUGAGAAAACACUACGAAUAGGUGUAGCCAAGAGACGCCUCAGCAUGCACAUGAAAGCAGCUCCUCUGGAGCAUCAGAAUGUGGAUCAGAGGCUGAGAAACGACCCUCGACUGGCCCCCCACCUGCUCACAUGAGUCACACCGGCCUUCUUUAUGAACACUACCGAGUAUAUGACUUCUCUCUUUCCUACACAAUAUGAUCGAUACGUAUGUGAGCAGUUGUUACUGUUUUCAUGUGUUGUGUCUCUUCAUUCAAGUCUGUGUGAGAUGAAAAUGACUCAUCUCAAGCUGUACAGCUCUGAUAACACAACAUGCUCACCAAUAACCGACAAGAUUAACACGUGCAAAAAUGAGACAAAAAACACCACAAAUUCACACGAAGAGACACAGCACGACUACAUCAAACUCAUAACAUGAAGUGGGAAGUAAAAGGAUGGAAAGGAAUUACAAAGAGUCACAAAAUUACAACAUUAAGUGGCAAAACAAGCAGAAAGUGACACAAAAACGACUACAAAAACGACCCAAAAAAAUACUUGAAAUGAUCACAAAGAGACGUAAAAAUACUUUAUAAAGUGGCGUAACCAGCAAAGAGAGUGUGUGUGUUCUUCAUUUGCAGAAAAGAUAAGGAGGACUGCAUGUGCUCAUUGUCACAAAAUCUCUCCAUGGCCACGAUGUGGAAGGGACCGAAGGCUCGCUAGUUCUUCUAAUCCCUCUGAAAGAUACACCUGGCUUUACAUGGAAACAAAAUAUGGAACAAUAUCUUAAUAAUACUUUUGUUUUUUAUAGUGCUUUUCUUGGUACUCAGACACUAUAAGUCUAAGUAAGGUAUAAUGUACAGAUAAGAUAGAGAAACGUUUUUAAAAAAAAUAAUAAGAUUAAAAUUGGGAAAGAGAGAGAAACAAACUUACAAAGAUACUUGUUUCAAGACAGUGAGACA